UAUCGAGCUCGAGAUUAUUCAAAUAAUGACUGUGUUUCUGUUUUAUCGCUAUCUUCGAUAAAAAUCUACUCUUUUCGACUCGUUGAGCCAUUAGAAGACGUAUAACCUUGAGAUUUGUUUGUUUGUUACUUUAUUACAAGUCGGGGAUUAAAUCAUAAAUCAUUUAGAGCCAUUAAAACCCUAAAGUAUAUUAAAUUUUCAAUUUUAUUUGCAAUAUUCGACGAUUUAAAUCAAUAUUUGAGUCGAAAAUCUCGAGAGUUUAAUUAAAAUGGAAAAAAAUUCAUUAGUCUACGUGACGUCAUCGGUAUGGAAGAAAGAAAACAAGAUAUCAGUUUAGGAAAUCAUCGGGAGUAAAAUGUAUUCUAGGAAGCGAGUUUUUUUAAUUUUAAUUUUUAAAUUGAAAUUUUACCAAUCACGUUCCAAAUAAAUGAUUUAAUUCGAGUAAUUAAUCGAUUAAAUUAAUUAAUUACGGAUUUAAAAUAAUUAUUAUACCGAGAUGUGUAAUUUUCCAGAACGAAUCAGUGAUUUUUGUGUACGUUGGUAACACUGCGAACCAAAACACAUGUGACUCAUUCGUUGCUAUGUUGAUUCAAGUUCGGUUUUCGCGAAUUUCUUCGUUUUGUGCCCGUUUAAUUAACUUUUUAAUUAAUUUUACGAAUUUUUAUUGCUUAAAAUUGUAUUAAAUGGAUUCUCUUUAGUCGGUAGAACACGAGGAAGGCAUUGAAUCUAUGAAAAGAGUCGUUCGAAAGCUUGGAUCGAGCUUCUUCGUCGAGUCUCAAUGGACUCAAAUUGGCAUUCUAGCGAAUAUUUCAACGAUAAUGAACGAACAGAACUCGUACAUUUGCUGGAAACCAUCACAAGCCAACUAAAGCUAAUGAAACACUUGAAAGAUGACUCAUCCAGCGUCACCGGAACCAUCUCCGAAAAAGAAUACCGAACGAUUGAUUUCACAUUGAAAUGUCUGCUAACCGUGACCGAAGAAAUUAGAACUCGAGGUACGUUCGACCUGCUCGAAGAAAUAAUCUCCAAAGAGCGUUCUAACUGUGAUCAGAUUAGAUCGAUGAAAAAACAAAUAAAAACUAGCGAACGACGUUGCGAAUAUUUGAAUAAAUGUAUUAAAGAAGACGGUCAAAGAUCAUUGAACGAGUUUCAAUUUAAAGAUAGAAUUAUUUCGGAGCAGACUAUCGAAUUGGAACGGUUGAAGCAGCAAAAUGAUGAAGAGUUGGAGUUCAAUGAGGAGUUACUUCGAGUACAGAUGGAAGAAAAUGAAUUGAAAUGUGUAUUGGAGGAGAAAAAACUCGAAGAGGAGAUUAUUCGUAUUGAUGAUGGUUUUAAACUGGAGGAGAAAGUUCACGAAGAAGUUUUAUUUUACUAUGAUAAUGAAAUAAAGCGUGUUAAUGAACUCAUUGCGUACUGGAAAGAUCGAAAUAAAGAUAUAGAAGAAAGAAAACUGCUCCUGAAAUCGUUACUAGAUAGUCAACGUGAACAACACGAAGAAUUACAGUUCUACGUUUCUCUGUUCAAGUCUCGUGAAAGUGAAAUCCAAGAAUAUUUAGAUGACAAAGACCGUCGCCGGAAAGAAAAAGAAUACGAAAUAUACCUAAACACGAUGGCAACUAAAAUACAAUCUUGGUGGCGAGGAGUUAUGGUUCGUCGAUGUCUGGGUCCAUUUAAACAUCUGUUAAAAAUCAAGAACGCCAAGAAGAGGAAAAUGAGUCUGAAAAAGGUUACUAGAAAAUAAUUUAUACUUAGUAUUUUUGUUAUGGGGUUUUAUUUAAGUUGUGUUUAUGUUUAUCUGUGAGAUAUUACAAUUUACAAUGAUCAUGAUCGUAUCGACCAAGCUGACGAUAAUGACGUGACGAUAACGAUACUAGUGCAAAAAUAUCUAUAAAUUACGAUGAAUUAUGUGUGAUAUGAUAUUACUGGUGACGGUAUAUGCUUUUUAUAUAGUGUUGAUGGUGAUGGAUUUUUACGCUGAUUAGUUAAUAUGUACUUUUAUGAAUUUUGAAUAUUUCAAUAUUGCUAUAAAUGUGUACGAAAGAGUCGUUUUGAGAAACGAUUCCAUUUUUAUAAGACUGAUAAUAUGGCACUAUAAGUUCAUAAUUUAAGAUAUUCCUAUAUGGUAAUAUUAUCCAUACUGAGUAUCAUUCAUUAAUAAGAUGUUCAGCAUCAUCGCACUAUAUUGUUCUGAGCACGUACUUAUAUAAGAUGUUUUAUCAUCUUGGAAUUUACGAGAGAAAUAAAUAAAUCUGUUUACAUUUUUAGUA